CAGGAGUGCCUACAACAUGGUGCUUCACAAGUAUGGCGAGAAGCUCUAUAAUGGCCUUGAGAGCACUAUGACAUGGCGAUUGAAGGAAAUAUCAAAAUCAAUAGAGGCUGCACAGGGUGGUUUGUUUUUGGAAGAGCUGAAUGCGAAGUGGAUGGAUCACAACAAGGCAUUGCAGAUGAUCCGGGAUAUUCUAAUGUACAUGGAUCGGACUUAUGUCCCAACAUCCCAUAGGACACCUGUUCAUGAGCUUGGUCUGAAUUUGUGGAGGGAUCAUAUAAUUCACUACCCAAUGAUCCAUGGUCGGCUGCUUGACACCCUUCUAGACCUUAUUCACAGAGAAAGAAUGGGUGAAGUGAUCAAUAGAGGCCUGAUGAGGAGCAUUACAAAGAUGUUAAUGGAUCUUGGUCCUGCUGUGUACCAAGAUGAUUUUGAGAAACCAUUUUUGGAAGUUUCCGCUAGCUUCUACAGUGGGGAAUCUCAAGAGUUCAUCGAGUGUUGUGAUUGUGGUAACUACCUUAAGAAGGCUGAGAGGCGGCUCAAUGAGGAAAUGGAGCGUGUCUCACACUACUUGGAUGCUGGCAGUGAGGCAAAGAUAACUAGCGUGGUGGAGAAAGAGAUGAUAGCCAAUCACAUGCAUAGAUUGGUCCACAUGGAAAACUCUGGCCUUGUUAACAUGCUUAUAGAUGACAAAUAUGAAGAUUUGGGUAGGAUGUACACCUUAUUCCGAAGGGUUCCUGAUGGUCUAUCAACAAUCAGAGAUAUGAUGACUUCAUACCUGAGGGAAACAGGGAAGCACUUGGUGACAGAUCCGGAGAGAUUGAAAGACCCAGUGGAAUUUGUUCAGUGCUUGUUAAAUGAGAAGGAUAAGCAUGAUAAGAUCAUCAAUGUUGCUUUUGGCAAUGAUAAAACCUUCCAAAAUGCUCUGAAUUCAUCCUUUGAGUUCUUCAUCAACUUAAACAACAGGUCACCUGAAUUCAUAUCACUGUAUGUUGAUGACAAACUCCGGAAAGGACUGAAAGGGGCAACAGAAGAGGAUGUGGAGGGUAUACUGGACAAAGUCAUGAUGCUGUUUCGGUACCUUCAGGAGAAGGAUGUGUUUGAGAAGUACUAUAAGCAGCAUUUGGCAAAAAGGCUUCUGUCUGGCAAAACUGUUUCUGAUGAUGCUGAGAGGAGUAUGAUAGUCAAACUCAAGACGGAAUGUGGGUACCAGUUCACCUCCAAAUUAGAGGGCAUGUUCACUGACAUGAAGACAUCUCAGGACACCAUGCAGGAUUUCUAUGCCAAGAAAUCCGAAGAACUUGGUGAUGGCCCUACACUUGAUGUCCACAUCCUCACAACUGGCUCUUGGCCAACACAACCCAGCCCUCCCUGCAGCCUUCCACCUGAAAUCCUUGCAGUAUGUGAGAAAUUCCGUGGAUAUUAUCUUGGAACUCACAGUGGGCGGAGGUUAACAUGGCAAACAAAUAUGGGAACAGCUGAUAUAAAGGCCACGUUUGGGAAAAGCCAGAAGCAUGAGCUGAAUGUAUCCACUUACCAGAUGUGUGUUCUGAUGUUGUUUAACACCUCUGAUGGACUUAGCUACAAAGACAUCGAGCAAGCUACUGAGAUACCUUCCACAGACCUAAAGAGAUGUCUCCAGUCUCUUGCUUGUGUCAAGGGGAAGAAUGUUCUCCGUAAAGAGCCCAUGAGCAAGGACAUAUCAGAGGAUGACACAUUCUACUUCAAUGACAAGUUCACAAGCAAGCUUGUUAAGGUGAAGAUCGGGACCGUGGUGGCAGCAAAGGAAUCUGAGCCAGAGAAGCAGGAGACCCGCCAGCGAGUUGAGGAGGACAGGAAACCUCAGAUUGAGGCUGCCAUCGUCAGGAUCAUGAAAUCUAGGAGGGUCUUGGAUCAUAACAGUAUUGUAUCUGAGGUUACCAAGCAAUUGCAAGCACGGUUCUUGCCGAACCCUGUUAUCAUAAAGAAACGCAUAGAAUCUCUGAUCGAGCGCGAAUUCUUAGAGAGGGACAAAGCAGAUAGAAAAUUAUACCGCUAUCUUGCAUAAAAAGCCAGCAUGUGAAUGUUAAGAGAUAUUUCAUGAGCAGGUGGCUUCCUUGUAUUCCUGUAAACAUUUCCCCUUGUGCUUGAGUUCAGUUUUAUUUGUUGGGCACUGUCCACUGAAAUCAUAGCAGUUGUUGAAUUUGGUUAUCAACGGAUUGAAAUGGAGACUUUACCCAAUCA